CAAAGCGGUUGGUAAUGAGGACUGUUUUCAUAUUCGAUUUUUACGCAUAUUCUGACUAGAAAUGUAUUUUCUGAUAUUUCCUGCACCACAAUUGAAAUAAUUAUCUAAGUAAUAUCCAAAUACGGGUGUACAAGUGCAGUUAUAAUACAAAUAUACGAAUAAAAUUCGCUAGUAGUAAGAAAAUCGGAGUAAAACAUGUAUUCGGAGUGAUAAAUGGAAACUCAAAAAAAUUAGAAUGGAAAUGGAAAAAUCUAUAUCACGAUGUGGAAAGGAAAAUGAAGUGUGAAUGAAAAUCGUGCAUAUGUAGUGCGCCGAGAGUGCGUUUGGUGGAGUGGAAGAAUUUCGUUGAAGUGUACCCGGAGCAAAGUGCGCAAAGCGAAAUAGUUGAUCUGUAGUGCAGUGUAGUGGAGGCGCAACCAAAGAAAAUUCAUAAAAAUAAAAGUCGCCAAGGGUGCGAAGGGGAUCGUUUGUUUAAAAAUAGUGUAAAGAAAUAUGUUGUGCAUAUGAAAAUGGGUAAAGCAAAGAUUUUGUGAAAGAAAUGUAAAGAAAUUUGAUUCCCGGUGCAUUGCUUGAGUGCAUAUUUACGUCUUUUGUCACUUCACAAGCACUUUUCAACACAAGAUUUGUGAAGAUAAAAAUAAUAGAAAAAUGAAGCUACAAACCGUGAUACAAAAAAGCGUAUGAAACGCAAAUGUGAAACGUACAAUAGUAGCAGCUUCAACGACCAAACGGAAAAAACGACAGGCACAGGCACAACGUAAAAAUAGUUGCAAGAACAAUAAAAAUUCAGACGAAGAGAAGGGUCAAAACGGGGGUGGUAUACAGACUCACGUAGCCAAAUCGACCGACAGAAAAGUUUGUACGUUGAUCUGCAAGUUUACCGGCCAACCACACGUACAGGCAACAAGCCAAGCUUGCUGACUAGCAGACGUUCACGACGACGCACAGCAUAGGAGUGAAUGUGGGGAAGGCACUGGUGGAGUACAGGUCAACAGCGGCGCUUCGAGGAUUGUAAGUAUAACUAUCAAAUUUUUCUCUCUGUAUACUCUACGCUACAAAUCAACAUGAAGCAUCCAAAUAUUUUCGUUGAUGUAAUGAAGUAAUUAAGAGGAAUUCUCGCCAACACGAACAGCUAUCGGUAACCAACCGAGUCGACGACCCCUGUUAGGAAUAUCGAUACAACCCAAUACAAGCAAACCAACCAAAUCAAGUAGAAGCUGCAGUGAACACAAAAAUAUUAGUGCAUAAAAUGUCAAUGCUGCCAUUAGCCGGCAGUGUCCCCGGUACACAUCUACGUCCACAAUCAUUGGCUGGCCCAGAGCGUGAACCUGUGCAAUUUACGGUUAAUUUGGUUGGCGCACCGCCCGAAGUUGAACAGCUGGUCGAACAAAUCAAACACGUUGCCGAACAGUUUCUCUAUCACUGGAAAACCUUCCCAAUAGUACUCCCGCAACCGCUAGCCGCUACGACACUCGCGCUGACCGCCAACAAUGCGACGAACAGCGUCAGUAACCGCAACAAAACGCGAGCGAUUAAUUUGCGCGACCUAUUUAUAGCACCGCCCUUUGAUGAGUUAGAUGCCGUUGCAUCAGAUGGCAGCGGUGAACCGCGACGCCUCACCAAUUCACAGCUGAAGUCAUUGCGCGAGACUGGUGAAUUCGAUGUGCCCAGCUUACACUUCCCCGGUCAGGUGCACAAGUGGCGGUUGUCGCAGCUGCUGCAGAAAGGUACAUUGCGUGCGCAUGACUCGUUUCUCAGCGAUUUAGCGCUAGCUGCACGUUUUAUUGUUGUAACGGCGCGUGCGCGCAUUUUCGGACAUUUCUUUUCCGUGGUUCAUGCCGCACAAGCGCUACUAGAUGGCAUAGUCAAGCUGAUAGAUAUGUUUAUCGGCGUACCGGCUUUACUUGCCCAUAAUUUAGAUUAUAAAAUCAAAGAGGAGCGUUGUCGUUUUCUAAUAGCGGAGUUGGUGUGCCGCCCCGAGUUCGAGGACUGUUUGGAUGGGCUUUGUGCGUUUGUGCGAAAAAUGCUGAGGCGUGCCACAAUGGAGAAAUUCGAUUUCAAUAGCUGUGAGGUGACACAACCGGUGCCAUAUCUCUUUCUUACGCCUAAGGGUCAGGAGAUUGAUUUGCGUCUAUUCUGUCGUGACGUCAUGCGUAAAGCGUUGCCGGUGCUUAUCGGCAUACUGGAGCGUGAGACACGUGGCUGGUUUUUGCAUUUUCGUGAGCGCCUCAUUGCAGAGUUGCGCGCGAAAAAACUCAGCGACAAAGAAAUCGAGGAGGAAGUUAAUGAAGCUGUUAUGAAGGAGUAUCUGCAACGUGUCUACUCCUCCAUACUGGCGAACUCCAAAUUGGCUGAGUUGGGUGAUGGGCUUCCCGAACUGCUGGUUCAACAGGCUCAAUCUGUUGUGAUUAUGUACAAGGCGGUGGAAAAGGUGCAGAAGGAAGUCAAACGCACACGCGAAGAUCACGAGAAAUGUCUGGCCAACGAUCACUCAGUGUUGUCGCGUGUUGCGCCUUGGCUGCGCUCGAAAUUGCGCACUGCCGAGGAGAGUAAACUCAGCAAGUCAGCUUGGUCGGCACACGAGGAGGCGCUGAAAAUGUGCACCAAACAUAAUUUACACCAAACUGCCUAUUUCCUUAGUCGUGAUUUGGCAUUCAUGAAGGAGCGUGAACCGGUUUUGUUGAAGGAACUGAAGAAUGCGAAAACGCCGACGCGUAGCUUUCAGUGGGCUUGUCGUAUAUGGUCGCCUAGUGCGUGGAUAAUACGACGCAACUUUCAGGGUCAAUCAGAUGUGAUACCAACGGUCAUCAGCCAGCAGGCCACUUCUAUUGUAACGCCUCGCUCUGAUCCAAGCCAGCCGGUUUUCUUAGUGGAAAAGGAAAUCAUACGCACAACCAGUACACGCUGGCCGUUGUGGCGUUUAUUGAAUUUGAUGCAACGCACCUGGUGUUGGACAUGGAACAUGAUGUUUUUGCUUGGCAUACUGGUGCCUUGGUGCAGUUCAUUGGGACUGCGUGCGCUAUUCAGUUUAAGACCGUUCAUGCCGGAUUUGGAGUUGUCUCAGAUCAAUGGUACGCUCUUUCCGCGCAAGACCAGCAUUACAGAGACGAUGGGCUCACGUUUGAUUGCACUCUGGCGACACAUAUCAAAAUCACGUACACACUUUGAAACGGAACCGGACACUGGCUUCAUCGGCAAAGGACUAACGCGCAACUUAAAUCGGGUUUGGAAUUAUUUAAUUAAGGGUUUCCUUGGCACGCUAAUCAUAGUCUUCGGAUACCCGAUAACUUGUUUAGCCACCAGUUUUCUCAGUAUUGCGUUGGCGCUAACCGCGCCACUUUGGAUUCCUAUAUUUACCGUGCUUUUGCACCUCUAUAUGAUUCUCAUCUACGAUCUAGAUUGUCCGGAUAAUAACCGCAAUCGGUAUUGUAUUCUCCUGGAGGCCGUUAUUUGGAACAUUCUAAUACAAGGCCUUAUACAACCGGUGGCGGCCGUUUUGGUCGCCACAUGUCUCUGCCCCCUGACGUCGGGGAUAAUUUUAGUUGUUGGCGUUGCACGCUAUUCGCUGCGACUACUCUGGGAUUCCCUGACUUUUCAUUUGUUCAUCAAGAAAUGUGGACGUGUGCCCGCUUCCGAUAGUCUUGCCGUUCGACGUAUUGCUGGCCCUGGUCUAGCCCUCGAUUACUAUUUUAUAAUUAAACCCGAACAAGCUUUGGCAGCAUUUGAAGCGAAAAUGGAAUUGGAUGAACUACAGGCAUAUCAGCACGCCAUGGAACGCAUCAUACUGCAGCCACAAAAGGAUUUUAGUCAAUUUGUAGAAGCUUGCUUUGGCCCUUUCUCAGCCCAGUUGGCGAAGACAGGACCUUACCUGGCUUUGGAUCGUGAGGCACACGACCUUAUGAGCACAUUGCACGAGAAAUUAGAAAAGCGUAGACGAGAACUGCAAACCGCGCUGACGACACAAUUGAAAACUCGCAUCAAAUUGAAUACCACGGAAUUAAAGAUUGCCAUACAACUGGCCGCCCAUAUUUUAGAGAAAUGCUAUCCGUCGCAUGUUAUUGCAAGGCUCUCCAUAAGCGAGGAGGACUUUUGGGAUAAUAAGGGUCUUACCGUAAACGACUGGCCCGGUCUUGCCGGACUUAUGUAUACCGAAAUAUUUAGCUUAGAUUUUCUAACGCCAUUGACUGAAAACGAUACACAUUUUAAACUAGAACCGCAUCCCUCGCUUGACUUGACACGUUACACAGAAAUGGUACAAAACGCUACCGAUGUGAUAGGCUCCAAAGGAUUGGAUUUACUGGGUAACGUGUAUGCGCCGCGUGGUAAUGUGCAGGUGCACUUACCUUUUCUCGAAGUGACGGCCUUCAAUCCACGUUCACGAAUCACGCUGACUUUCAGAAAGCCAGAGAAGAGAGACAUGUCCGUCGGUUUGACGACGCCACGUGUGCGCGCUCAUCGCUCGCAGCAUACGAAAACACCCGAACCGCUUAAACCUUGGCGUCCAUGGAAAAAGAAAUCGGAUGAGAAGAGCGUCACGGAGAAACUGCUUAUACCUUUGCCUGUGCCGCAUCCAGUACACAUUGCCAUUGCUAUACACAAUCGCGACUCCGAACAUCCUAUACCGCUCGACUCAGAGCUUGUAUGGGAAAUACUCAAGUCGAUUGAGGAUUGUCAAGGCGGUGAUGUGAUGGCUGUGCAGUCGGUUGCGCGCUAUCGUGGCGCUGUAGCUGACUCUAGUAAUGACUCGUUAGCUACUAGUAGUAGUAUUGGGAGCACACGUGAUUCCGGCUCGGGCUCGGGCAUCGUAGGCAAUGGCACCGAAACCUUACCCUGCGUCAACCGCGAGGUUUGCACGCAAGUAAAGGUGGCCGAGGAGCCAGUCCAAACGUCCGGCUUCCAUUGGACACUUAGUAAUUGGGGAGCAGCGCAAACGGCGCGUCGACGCACCAACUCAAAUGUGCGCGUUGAUUUGGCGAGUCCCGAGGACAUCUCCCUGGAUACGGACAGUUCGCGUGCGGUAUUCAACGCAUACGGUACAACGGUUUAGGCGACCAGUAAAGUAGAAGACAACUAUGUGAAGCAGCUAGAAAUUAGCUAAAAAAAACGAAAUUUUUUAAUUUACAUUCGUAUAAAUUGGAAAGUAUUUUGCAUAAAGCAUAUAAAUGCACAAUUUAAUUUGUUCAAAAACGAACAAAUGCGAAAUUGCGAAACGAGGCAGUAGCGUGGACGAGGCGUGCAUAUGCAAAUUCUAAAAGCAUCAGCAUCAGCAACACACAUCCAUACACCCAAGCAUAUGUUGUCGUUCAUGUGCAUACAUUCAUAUAGAGUACAUAUUUGCAUACAUAUAGUAGUUAUGAAGGUGAAUACAUAGUAGUUAUAUAUAAAUAUACAGGCAUAUAUAUUUGUAUUACUAGUUUAUACAUACAUUAUACAUUUAAAAUAUGCAUACAUACAUACAAAACUCUGUACAGUACGGCCAUAUGUACAUACAUAUAAGGCAUCUAGUCGUGCGAACAAAAGGAAGACGUUAAGAUGUUAUUGAGAUAUACAAAUUUGGUCGGCACUGCAGUCACUCUUACUAAUUUGGUCAGCGGUUGCAGCUAUUUCUUGAAAUUUAUUAUAUUUUAUUACACAUUUAUGUGUUUGUUUUGAUGUUUAGGGAAUUUUUAUUUAUGCACAUUUUUUUCUAUAUUUUAAAGCAUUCAAACAACAAAUGAACCAA